GAGUUAUAUAACUGGGCCUCGAAUUUGGGUUGACCGGGUACUUUCGUCCAGUCGUUCACAUCUUCCCUGUUUCCCACGGACCGCUCCUUCAUCUCACACACUAAAGCGGUUCUGCAUUCCGUGUGGUUGGACGAUCGGCGGAUUAGCGCCGGGCUGGGGGUGACGGAGGUGCAUUGUGAGGAGCAAAGAUGGCCGCUACUCGAUCUCACUGGCCCGUUACUCCACUGUGACAAGCUUGGCUGAUCACUUCCGCCGGCCAGUCACACUCCCCUCUCAACGCCUCGAGGUACAGUGCACUUGCAGCAAGAGGGCUUGACUGGCUUUGGGUCUUCCAAUCAUGCCCCUGGUCGCUGCUGCAAAUUCCCCCUCGGCGCUUACUCUGGCCCGACUCAAGUGACGAGAAUCAAAAGCCUGCAUUUUGGUCCCCCCGCCUCUCGGACCAUGCCAGCACUCGAACAUUAUUGAUAUUCAAGGUGCCCAGGCCGGUUCCUGUCACUUUCUGAUUAUCUUCAUUUUUUUUUUCGUUUUCGAUCACCAUCUGCUGUUUAAUACCCGUGUACGCAGGCCUCGCACACGGUAUCGGUGAUUUACUGCAAACCUGAUAUAGUUCAGCCGUUGUCCCACCACACUUGUGGUUUUUGGUGUAUAUUCGACUCGAUUUAGGGUCGUUUAUUCCCAGCAGCCAGUCUUGUGGCCAUCAAGUCGAGAGCUGGUUCUCUUGACCUAAUUGUUUGAUUCAUUUGCCUGCAUUGCUCAUCGAUUCAAUGGCGGUAUCAGACGAUAGCCGAGAGCACUCUCCUCUGACCUACGAGCCCGUUGUGCCUGAGGAUCUCACCCGUGCCUCUUAUCACAGUGCAAUGGGUCCUCCACCACAGCACGCCGUGCGAGAGACUCGCAGUGGCUCUGAUACGAGCAAUGCCUCGCUCAAGAGUCCGCGCACUGCUCGAUUCGCCGAGGCCACAUCAAUUCACUCUCCCAUCGAUCGCACAGAAGCUGGACGAUCACCCUUCGCCGACCCUCCCAGGACUCAGGCGAGGGGAGAUGUUGGAGAUGUGGGAUUCGGUUACGUGGCAGCGAACAAUGAGCAUGCGAAUGACCAGGUGCCAAUGUCACCUUUCCGACCUGACCUGAAGGUGCCGCAGACAGCCAAGUCAUUGAACCCGCUCAGUCCAACUUUCCGCGAGGAGUACUUGCUUGAGAAGCAAGAAAAGAAGGCUGAAGUCGAGAAUGCCCGAGACCUGAGAAUCAAACUCCGCGUCCGGAUCGCCAAGGUCUUUCUGCGUUUCGUCAACUUCGGCUGCAGUCUGAUCGUGUUGUCUCUGCUAGCCGUGACAUUGACUGUCUUCAACGCAACCAAGCACCUGCCCACUCGUAAUAGCCUUCCUGCUUGGGCAGAGGGCACCAACCCCUGGGCCCAGUACCUCCUUCUUGGCAUGGCUUGCGUUUCCUUGUUCGCCUGUCUAAUCGUGUUCUGGGCCUACCGAAAGGGCGGCCACGGACGCGCCGAGAAAGCCGCCGUCUACUACACCAGCUUCUCGAUCGCCUUCUUCGCCGUGAACCUGAUCAUGUGGAUCGUUGGUGCAGCAGUCUACCAGCACUCCAAAUCCACAGGAAACAACAAGGACAUGUGGGGAUGGUCCUGCGCGCAGAACACCCGCGAGCAGAUCUACCACAACAGCGUCGACUAUGCUCUCCUUUGUCGUCUACAAGAUUGGGGCCUCGUCUGCGCCAUCAUCGAAAUCGUCAUCGAAGUCCUAGUGAUCCUGAUCUACGUGGUAGUCUUCUACCGCGUCUGGAGCAAGCGCAAGCUGAUGAAGUCCAUGGACACCCGCGACAACGCCCGUUCAGAUCUAUAUCUCGCCCAGCUGCGCCUGCAAUCCGCCCCGAACACCCCCGGCUUCGCAGGCUUUGCUUCCUACCCUCCCAAGUCCCCUUUCUACGCCGCCGGUCCUGUGGACCCCUACUCGGCCGCUGAGAAGGGCCAGGCUCAACCCCAGACUACUCAGUAUGCCUCACCGCGCUCGCCUACCCGCCCUACCCCAUCCUUCCAGCUCCAGCCGCCUCCUAUCAAGGUCCAGCAGCCAACCCCGCAGACUGCCCAGGAGGAGUUCGCUCCUCCUUCCCAUUACUCGCAGUCGCCGCCUCCUCACAGCCAGCGCCAGAGUCCGCCUAUGAAUAGGGGUAGUGCUCCCGGUGAGCGCACCUACGAUUCCGUCCCGAUUCCUGGAGCUUACCAGAGCCCUAUGGUACCGGCGUUCCCUGCCCCUGUACGCAAGUAA